AUCGAGCAGGUUAGUUAAGAAUAAAGAAUAUUGUUCCAUCGAGGUAUUUCAGAAUUUAAUCGAUUACCUCAUUUCAUGUACAAACAUGGCGGACACGAGCUCUCUACUCACCGUUGGUGGUGACAGAACAACAGGCCAGUCUGUUCGAACACAAAAUGUCAUGGCAGCAUCCUCCAUUGCCAACAUUGUUAAAAGUAGUCUUGGACCAGUUGGGCUUGACAAGAUGCUGGUGGAUGAUGUUGGGGAUGUGACUAUAACAAAUGAUGGUGCAACAAUAUUGAAGUUGCUUGAAGUAGAACAUCCAGCAGCCAAAGUGUUGGUAGAGCUUGCUGAUUUACAGGACCAAGAGGUUGGAGAUGGUACAACAUCAGUUGUAAUUAUUGCUGCUGAACUUCUGAAGAAUGCAGAUGAACUUGUGAAGCAAAAAAUACACCCUACAUCUAUAAUAAGUGGCUACAGACUUGCUUGCAAGGAAGCAUGUAAAUAUAUUCAGGAGCAUUUGACAUGUAAUGUUGAUGACCUUGGGAAGGAGAGUAUUAUUAACGCAGCCAAGACGAGUAUGUCAAGUAAAAUCAUAGGACCUCAGUCUGAUUUCUUUUCAAACAUGGUGGUAGAUGCAGCACAUGCAAUUAGGAUGUCAGAUGGUAAAGGGGGUUACAGAUAUCCAGUGAAAGCGGUGAAUAUACUCAAGGCUCAUGGACAGAGUUCUAGUGAGAGUGUUCUCGUUCAAGGAUAUGCACUCAAUUGUACAGUAGCCUCACAAGCUUCACCGAAAAGGAUAAAUGGGGCAAAAAUAGCGUGUUUAGACUUCAGUUUACAGAAGUCCAAGAUGAAGAUGGGCGUACAGGUGUUGAUAGAAGAUCCCAGUCAAUUAGAAUUAGUUAGACAAAGGGAAUCUGAUAUUACCAAGGAAAGAAUAGAGAAGAUUUUAUCAUCAGGGGCAAACGUUAUCCUAACAACUGGUGGUAUAGAUGAUUUAUGUCUAAAAUAUUUUGUCGAGGCAGGGGCUAUGGCGGUAAGGAGGUGUAAAAAAGUGGAUCUGAAGAGAAUUGCCAAGGCAACUGGAGCUGUUCUGAUAACAACCUUAGCCAACCUUGAGGGUGAGGAGACUUUUGAACAGUCAUUUUUAGGUCACGCAGAUGAGGUCGUUCAGGAAAGAAUCUGCGAUGACGAACUCAUUCUUGUGAAAGGAACAAAGGCAAGAUCGGCGGCCAGUAUCAUCCUCCGUGGAGCGAACGAUUUCUACUGUGAUGAGAUGGAACGAUCAGUACAUGACGCUCUUUGUGUAGUGAGGCGUGUCCUAGAAUCAAAGACUGUUGUGCCAGGGGGUGGGGCUGUAGAGGCUGCAUUGUCAAUAUACCUGGAAAAUUAUGCUACAUCACUGGGUUCAAGAGAACAGCUGGCUAUUGCAGAGUUUGCCAGGUCACUAUUGGUUAUACCUAAACAAUUGGCUGUAAAUGCGGCACAGGACUCAACUGAUUUAGUGGCCAAACUAAGAGCCUACCACAAUAUGUCUCAAGUUAAACCAGAACAGAGAGAGCUCCGAAUGGUUGGUCUUGACUUGUACAAGGGAGUUGUCAGAGAUAACAAGAAAGCUGGAGUUCUGGAGCCGGCCAUCUCAAAGAUCAAAUCUCUAAAGUUUGCGACAGAGGCGGCCAUUACCAUCCUCCGUAUUGAUGACAUGAUUAAACUGGCCCAGGAACAGAAGCAAGGCAGUGCUUAUCAGCAAGCGCUAAGAUCUGGACAAUUAUAAAUUAAAACUUUUGACAAAAAUUAUAUACCCUCGGUACAAAAUUUAUUGUAAUAAAGUUCUCAAUGAACAAAUUAAACUUAAGAGGUGAACUUUAUGGAUAAAUAUUUGAAAAGAUGAAAUAUGUAUGUUAGGAAAGAUAUUGGUAAAGUGCAAAACUAUUUAUAAAAUGAUCAGGGGAAGGAAUUACACUUGAGGAAUAUCUAAGUUUUUCUAAAUUUAUGAUAUUUACCAAAUUUUUACUUUGGCAAUAUUUACGUUUCCAUUCUGAUAUACAAGCAAUCGAGUUUGAGGUAAAACAAAUUUCAUCAAAAAUUUUAUGAGUCUGGGGAAUCGUAUAAUUCAAGUCACAAAUGUAGAAUGUCUAGCAAUGGAUUGAAUUUUAUCACAUCCUAAGUAUUUGAUGUCAAGAGUGCUCUGGUAACUUAUUUAUAAUAGUUCCUUCUCUAUCAUGAUUUGUUGGAAAGAUCUUGAUGAAAUAAUUUGUACAAUUAUAUAUUUAACAUUCUUAAAUGUGCUAAGAUGCUUGAAUACAGUGAUGUGUUCACAUAUUUUUGUCAUGAUUAAUUUAUUUAUGAAUCCAUCCCGUCAUUUUUCUUGUCUAAUUGUGAUGCUUUUUUUCUUUUUUUGUAUGAGCUAAUAAAAUUUUUUUUAUAGUA